AUGGCUAGCACUGCAACAGUUUAUCCUCUCGAACUUGCGAAUGUUCAACAUGCACAUCGUGUCAAGAAAAUAUCAUUGGGAUUGGGUGUUACUUUGUUUGUCUUAUCAUUGGCACUUCCUGGGUAUAUCAUAAAAACAACUGUGACAAAAGAACCUACCUAUUCGAUAGUUAAAAGAAACGUCACCACCAGCGAAGUACAAUCUAUGCGCGUUGCAAAUCCGUCAUUCGAUCAGUAUGGUUACUUACUUUCAACAUAUCCAGAGACGGUAAAUUGCGAAUGCAGUCAACUUUCGAUCAGUUAUGACUCGUUUCUUGAAUUACAAUUUCAAUUCCAUCCAGUCUGCAGUAGUAUGUUUGUGACACAACAAUGGAUCGAUGCACUGGUACCAAAAAAUCAAGCACCUUCGUCAAAUGAUUUUCACAACAUAGCUUCGUAUUUAUUUCAAACAUUAAGUACAUUAUGUCAACACAGUUCUCAAACAAUGAAUCAGAGUUUAAUGGAAUUUUUAUUUGAUGAAUAUAUCAAUACAGACCUUAACCCAGGAGCAUUGUUUAUUUCGUCGAUCGAGCAACGUAUAGAGAAGUUUAAAUCAACAACAAUAAAAAACUUUCUAUUAUCAUUCUCAAUGAUUCGUGGUAUGAUACAAAAUAGUGCUUUAUUCUCAAGUUUGCAAUCAAAUUUUAAAUUAUAUGCUUACAAUAAUGAUAUAUUUGGAUCACCAGUGACAUAUGAUGAAGAUUGUAACUGUGCACAUUCAACAUCCUGCUUUACUCAAGCAUACUUCUAUACCUCAUCGGGCACCAUUGGCGCUCCAAUACCAGGAUUUUAUACUGGAUGUUAUGUUAUUGAUGCAUUACUUCGAUCAGAUCUCCGAUGUUUUUAUGAUGUCACGUGCUUGAAUCUAUUACAACGUUAUAUACCUUCGUUAAGUAGUUUGCCUGGUGGUUCCAUCAAUCUGCCAUUGUCAACUACAUAUCAACCAAACACAACUAUUGAAAAUAUUUUAAAUAACUUAAUGAUAGAAAGUGUAACAUCGAAAGUAUCUUAUAUAAACUAUUAUGACCUAUGUGCACCAUCAUAUUGCACAUAUUCUGUUCAAACAAUGGAAACAAUGGAAACAGUUGAACUAAUUAAAGAUAAAACGGAUGUUGCUGCGAUCAUUGGUUUAGUUAUUGGUAUAAUUGGUGGCAUUAUUGCUAUCUUACAUUUAAUAGUACCAAGAUUGGUCAAACUUAUUAUUGGUGCAAACUAA